GUGAAAUUUCUGUACACAACAUUGUGCGACGAAUAUAAAAUACUUUUUUUGUAAUACCCGGCUGUUGCAGAGUAUUUUAUUCGCGGAUUCAUACCAUUUUUCCGCAGUUUUUUCUUCUUGUCAUAAAUAGAAAUAAGAUGGAUUUGAUCAAAACGAUUGAAGAAGAUGCAGAAGUGGAAAAUUUUUCCGAUGAUUCCGAUGCUGAAGUCGAGUAUCAACCAACAAAAAUGCGACGAAAGAAAAAGGAAGAGUUCAGCGAUAGUUUUGAGUUUGUUUCGUCAGUAAAACAAUACAAUCAUGACACAUGGGAUGAUUUGAUGAAAUAUGUGAAACGAAAGGCACGUACAAAGACCGAUGAUAAAAUUGCCGAAACAUUGAAAAAUCGUACGGAUGAUGGGCUGAACGAAUCAGACGACAAUGAUGAUGAGGAAAAUGAGGAUGAAUUCGAUUUAUCCGAAGAUGAGUUGAAACACGAUAAUUUGCGAUUGAAAGAAAAACGUAAGAAGAAACAACGCAAAGGGCUUGACAUGCCGGACAGUGAUGGUGAAAACAAUGAUGCCGACUUCUUUGAAGAGGCUGACGGUAGCGCAACAGUAUCAUCAUUCUAUCAAAUGAAUUUGUCGCGGCCAUUGAUGCGAGCAAUUGGCGUUCUUGGCUAUACAUACCCAACGCCAAUUCAAGCUUCCACCAUCCCAAUUGCUCUUUUGGGCCGUGAUAUUUGCGGUUGUGCUGCAACGGGUACGGGUAAAACGGCCGCUUAUAUGUUACCGACACUUGAACGUUUACUUUAUCGACCGGCCAACAAUCAAUCGGUGACCCGUGUAUUGGUAUUGGUGCCGACUCGUGAGCUGGGCGCUCAAGUAUAUCAGGUGUCGAAGCAAUUGUGUCAAUUUACGACCAUCGAAAUGGGUUUGGCAAUCGGUGGUUUAGAUUUGAAAGCACAAGAAACAAUAUUGAGACAAAAUCCAGACAUUGUUAUUGCCACACCAGGUCGUCUUAUUGAUCACAUCAAAAAUACACCCAGCUUUACAUUGGAUUCAAUUGAGGUGCUGAUUUUAGAUGAAGCUGAUCGAAUGUUGGAUGAAUAUUUUGCCGAACAAAUGAAAGAGAUUAUCAAAAGUUGUUCACGCACCCGACAAACAAUGUUAUUUUCGGCCACAAUGAGCGAACAAGUUAAAGACUUGGCCGCCGUUUCAUUGGACAAACCGGUUAAAGUGUUUGUGAAUACAAAUCAAACGGUUGCGUUUAAUUUGCGUCAGGAAUUUAUUCGUAUACGAAAACGGGCCGAUCCAAAACCAAUUGAAAACGGAAAUAAGGAGGACAAUGAAGAGGGUGCUGAUGCUGGUGCUGCAGACGAUUCGGACGAAGAAGAGCGUUCGAAUAAAAAGCAUCAUCGACGUGGUAAGGGUCCACAAAGACGUGGCGGUAAAAAUCUCCAAUUGAUGAAAGAGCGUGAUGAAAAAGAGCGCGAAGACCGAGAUCGUGAACCAAUUUUGGCCGCUCUAAUUUGCCGAACAUUUCAUGAUCACUGUAUGAUUUUUGUGCAACGCAAGCGUCAAGCGCAUCGUUUACACAUUUUACUUGGUUUGUUGGGCAUUAAAGCCGGCGAAUUACACGGUAAUUUAACACAACAACAACGUCUUGAAUCGUUGAAACAAUUCAAAGAGGAGCAAAUUGAUGUACUGAUUGCAACCGAUGUGGCGGCACGUGGUUUGGAUAUUGUUGGCGUUAAAACGGUUAUUAAUUUUAAUAUGCCAUUGUCAACGGAACAUUAUAUUCAUCGUGUUGGUCGUACAGCGCGUGCUGGUCGUGCCGGUAUUUCCGUAUCAUUGGCCGAUGAACGCGAACGUAAACUAGUCAAAGAUAUUAUCAAAAGUGCCGAAACACCCGUCAAAAAUCGUAUCAUUCCUACCGAAAUUCUUGAUAAAUACACAAAGAAAAUGGAAGCACUAGAACCAGAAAUCAGGAAAAUUUUAAAUGAAGAACGUGAUGAACGAAUGUUUGCAAAAAUGGAACAACAAAUUUCCAAACAAGAAUUAUCAUUAAGAGGUAUGGGCGAUCGAGAGCGUACAUGGUUCCAAUCGAUGAAAAAACGCAAACAAGAAAAAGAACGAUUGGAUAAUAAUUUCAAAGCAACCGAAGCAGCGAAAAAUGUAAAUGGAAAACGUACAGCCACCACAUCGGAUCUUAGCAAAUUAAGCGAAUCGAAACGAAAAAAGAAAGAAGAAGCAACGGCCAAGAAAACACCAUCACAAAUGGCCAAACAAAAGGUUCGUGAUCAUCAAGAGAAGAUUUCAUUCCUUCGUGCCAAAGCUAGUAAAAUUGCACACAAAACCAAACGAAUUCGGCAAAUUGACGAAAUGAACAAUGAUCGACACAUGGCAAAUAAUAAAAAUAAACGAGUAUCAAAAUUCUCGGUUGAUUUAACCAAUACCAGUCGUCGUAAUACCAAGAAACUUAGGUACGAUGCCAAUUCACACAAGAAAACGCAAAAAUUGGAUGCCAAGAAGAAGACAAGCAAAGUUAAACUCACUAACAAAGCUGGCGAAAAUAAGUUUAACAAAGGCAAAAACUUUCGUGCACCACGAAAAACAGGCAAACCAGGAAAGAAAAAGUAGUGACCGUCUCCAUUUUCAUUGAUUCAAAUGU